AUGGCGGUUGUUGAGAGUAGUGGUGGUGGUGAUUCAGGAGUCGUCGUGAUCCAGCCUACUUCUCCGACUAGUCAAGAUUCAGGCGUUUCUUCCGAUGAUCAGAACCAUAACUCCUCCUCUUCCUCCUCGACAAGGAUCGAGCUCACCGGUGGUGGUCCGAUUCUCCGACACGAUCAAGGUGACAUCUAUAGCAAGAUCGGGUCACACGUGGCGAGAUCCGAUGGUGUUGAUGGUGGUGAGAGCUUCAAGCGUGAUAUGAGAGAGCUUCAAGAGCUUUUCUCUAAGCUUAAUCCUAUGGCUGAAGAGUUUGUUCCUCCUUCGCUUACUAAACAAGGACUUAACAACGGUGGUUUCUUCACCUCUGCUGGUUCUUUAUUCCGUAACAAUGGCUUCGCUGCUCCCGGAAAUGGCUACGCUAAUGAAAACGGCGGUUUUCGACGGAAGAAGAGCUUUGGUCAAGGGAAGCGAAGGAUGAACGCUCGGACAAGCAUGGCUCAGCGCGAAGAUGUGAUCCGGAGAACCGUUUAUGUGUCUGAUCUUGAUCAACAGGUCACUGAAGAGCAGCUUGCUGGUUUAUUUGUGAGCUGUGGACAGGUUGUUGACUGCCGCAUUUGUGGUGACCCCAACUCAAUACUUCGGUUUGCAUUCAUCGAGUUCACUGAUGAAGAGGGUGCGAUGACUGCUCUGAAUUUAUCGGGGACUAUGUUGGGAUUCUAUCCUGUGAAGGUUCUACCUUCCAAAACAGCUAUUGCACCGGUUAAUCCGACUUUCUUGCCCAGGACUGAAGAUGAGCGCGAGAUGUGUGCAAGAACUAUCUACUGCACUAAUAUUGACAAGAAGGUGACUCAAUCCGACGUUAAGAUCUUUUUCGAAUCAUUCUGUGGAGAGGUUUACCGUCUGAGGCUGCUUGGAGAUUAUCAACACUCAACUCGUAUUGCUUUUGUGGAGUUCGUAAUGGCAGAAAGCGCAAUAGCGGCUCUCAACUGCAGUGGAGUUGUGCUGGGUUCUUUACCGAUAAGGGUGAGCCCUUCAAAGACACCAGUUCGUCCUAGGUCACCGAGGCAUCCAAUGCACUGA